AUGUCUGAUCCGAGAGCCGAUCCAUCCAAGAUGUUGGAUCUCAACAGUCCAGUAAUCGCGGUCACAGUCGGCUCAGAGAGUGAAGAGAGCGCACCAAGAACAUUCUACAUCCACAAGAACCUCAUCUGCUCCUCAUCGGACUACUUCAAGACAAUCAUGGGCGGGGAGGGAGUGUGGAAAGAUUGUCAAAAUGGGCAAGUGUCGCUCAAAAAGCAAAACCCCGACAUAUUCGCCAUUUACGGGCACUGGCUGUAUUUUCGCCGUUUUGAGUUUGGAACCGAUGUAUUCGAGAAUGAGCGCGAGUUCCUCCAGAUUGCCCAGGCCCUCGUGCUGGGAGACUUUAUUUGUGAUUCCAAGUUUACAAAUGCCGUCGCGACAGCCAUUCGAACGAAACUAGACUCACUGUCGGCAGGCCCCUUACCACUCUUUCCCGGCGCCAGAGUCAUUGAUUACAUAUACAACGAGACCGAGGACAAAUCCAUUGCCAGAGAGGUUCUGGUAGAAACAUACGCGAGACACGGAAGUAGGGAAUGGCUCGCUGAGCUGAAAAGGACGGAAGAUUUCACUAUCCCUUGGCAAUUCCUUUUUGACAUGGUUUAUGAGAAGUUGCCUGUGAAGUUGCCUCCCUGUAUAGGUAGAACCGGUACAUAUGAAUCCGUUAGACCUCUCACGUCGUGGCGACCUGGUAUGACUCGCAAAUAG